AUGACUGGCAGUUUAGAAAUUAGCAACGGAGUUAUGAUUAAGAUGGCUACCCUACUUAAUAGAACAAAUGGAAUUAUAAAACUUGGUGGGAUUGAAGCCAGAUUCCUCAAUUUGCUUUCUAAAAUAUUGCGAUUCGAGUAUCGUCUGAAGUCACCACCUGAUGGAGAAUCUGGCGUCAUGGAUGAUAACGGAAAUUGGAGUGGUUUAAUCGGCAUGCUUCAAAGAAAAGAAGUUGAUAUAGCUUUUAAUUUUCUUACUAUUACAGAAGAACGAGUAGACGUUGUGGAUUUCAGUGAACCAUAUGAAAUUAAUUUUGUGACAUUUUUAGUUGACAAACCAGGGGUUCUCUCAACCAAUUGGUCAUUUUUAUAUCCAUUCUAUCCUGAUGUUUGGUUUUGCAUUUUAUUUUUAUUGCUAAUAUGGCCCAAAAUAAUGAUUAUACUGGGUAUCAGAGUAUCCUACUUGAAAUUAUUUUUUCACUUAUGUGGCAGUGCUUUACAUCAACCUUUUACCAUGGAUUUCAGUUUUACUAGAAGUAGAAUACUUCUUCUUUCUUGGAUUCUGUUUGCAAUGUUAACGUCACUGCAUUAUUCUUCAAUACUUCUUACAAUUCCUUUGCAAAGGCCUCCUAUCAAAAAUUUCGUUCAAUUAGCGCGAGCUGUUAGAAAAGGAAUCUACAAAUGCCUAACUGUAAAAGGAUCGUCAAUGUUUGCUUUAUUAGAAACAUCUAAGCAAAAACAUCUGAAUUAUCUUAGCAAAGUCAUAGAAGAUAAUAAAUGGUUUUAUGGACGAAAUAAUGAUAUAGACAACAUGGGUUCUCGUUUAAUUAGGACCGCUGUCAUUGAUAAUCAUUUUAAGUUGCAAUUGCUUCAUCGUACGCUGAAAUAUGAUUCUUAUGUUACAGCAAAAGAUGUACUCAUAACGGCUAAUUUUGCGGUAGCAUUAAGAAAAGAAUUUUGUUGCAAGAAGAGAUUAAAUACUGUAAUAUCUAGGAUAAGAUGUGCUGGAUUGUAUGGAAAGUUGCAGAAAGAAGAACUUUUGAGAGUUUUCCUAUCAAGUGGAGUGAAAUAUGAAGAUGAUUCUUUAGAAUUGGAAUUAAGUGAUUUGUAUGGUCCAUUUAUAUUGCUUUCGGCUGGUAUCAUUUUAUCUUUUGCAACUCUUUUAUGCGAAAUUAUUUAUUUUAGGCUUAGUAAGAGACAUUAA